CACUUAGCUUUGCGACAUGUUUUUCUUUAAAAACUUGUGCUUUUCAAGAACACCCCUUGCCCCCUCCCCCGCCAUGCUCCUCAGAUACCCCUGAUGUGGAACAGUUUUUCUUUUUUUUUCAAGUGAGGCUUCUCCACAAGAAAGAGGUCCUCAGAAGAAAUCAUUCCAGUGCUUUUCUCAGAUUACUGUAGUUAAAUACAACAGUGCGUCACACCAGUGCGUCAUAUACAACGACCUUGUUGAAGGUUAGGUGAUUGCGGGCCCAAACGUUUCAAACAUGGCGGCUCGUUCAUUGAUUAUGGACUUACUAGAAAGCCCUAAUGGAACAUUGUAUGGAGUUCUCAUUGCGUUUUUAAUAGUCAUUCUAACUACAGUCCUGUACCUUUUAUUUGGAAGAAGUGGAUCCAGAGGUCGUAGUAUCCUCUUAGUCGGCCUGACAGACUCCGGAAAAACACUGCUAUUCAGUAGACUCUGUAGUGGAAAAUAUGUGAUGACCCACACAUCAAUAAAAGAAAACAAAGAUCAGUACAAAUUAAAAGGCAAAAAGAGUGGCAAGAUAUUGGACUUGAUAGAUCUCCCUGGUCAUGAAAGAGUAAGAUCAAGGUUUAUAGAGCAGUUCAAGAACCAGGCAAGGGGAAUCCUGUUUGUUGUUGAUAGUGUGAACUUUCCACGAGAAGUACGAGAUGUGGCAGAGAUUAUGUAUGACAUUCUUGGUGACAAGUAUUUGUUGAAGUCUGCCAACUCCAUCCUGGUUCUGUGUAACAAACAAGACCUCACAAUGGCCAAGUCGCAGAGUGUAAUAAAGUCUCAGCUGGAGAAGGAAAUGUAAGGAACAUUUUUUAGUAUAGAAAAUGAUAGUAAAGUACGUUAAGUUCAAACUGGUCUUUCACUUGGGUUCUAUUGAAUUAGUUUUUAGAGGGACACAGUUUUGUUAGUAACUUAGUAUACGCUAUUUACCUAGCCAAAAAAAUGUGAAUUUGUUUUCUGCAGAAAUAACACCAAAUGUUGUUUUCAGUUUUUCAAAUGUGCAUGACUUACACA